UCAAACAUUUUGCUCAUAUUUUUCCGAAUAAAUCCUAUAAUUACGAAGCGGUUAGAAAAUGCGACGCCGUGCCGGGGUCGGUGCCAUCCAAAAGCAGAAACUGCAGGCCGAAAAGUACCGCGACAAGGGCAACGAACUGCAGGAUUCCCAAUUUGAGCAAAUGGUGAAGCAGAUGGACGUUCUCAAGGAAAAUCUGGAGGAAUUUGCCGCGAAGCAUAAAGCAGAAAUUAGGAAGAAUGCCCAAUUUAGACGGCAAUUUCAGGAGAUGUGUGCCGCAAUCGGCGUUGAUCCUUUGGCCUCGGGAAAAGGUUUCUGGAGCGUGCUGGGGAUGGGCGAUUUCUACUAUGAGCUAGCAGUGCAAGUGGUAGAAGUUUGCUUGGCAGCGAACCAUAGCACAGGAGGUCUUAUGGAGUUGAACGAGCUACGGAACCGCCUAGUGGCUGCGAGAGGUCGCAAGCAGAUCCACCAGGAAAUAGUGAACGAAGACAUUGUGAUGGCUGCGAGGAAGUUGAAAAUAUUUGGCUAUGGUUUUACAGUGUUCCCCGUUGGUGAGGGUAGGUACAUGGUGCAAUCGAUUCCCGGUGAGCUGAGCUUACAGGAAACAUCGGUCCUGAGUGAAGCCGCCAAUCAGGGACAGGGCUAUGUGACGAUUUCGAUGCUGGUGGACAACUUAGGUUGGACGCAAUUCCGAGCCCGGCAAGCCAUUGACAAGAUUCUUUCGGAUGGCCUGGCGUGGGUAGAUAACCAAGGCGAAGAGGAGUCGUAUUGGUUUCCUAGUUUAUUCCCGGGUCGUCAGGGUGGUAAAAUAGUUUCGUGAUAUGUACAAUAAAACACAAAACUAAUAA